CGCAAAUUUCUACUUAAGUAAUGUAACGAAGUAUUUGUACCUUUUUAUUUGACACCUCUGAGUGCUAGUGUGGUAAGACAGUUAUUUUCUUUUUGUCCAGCAGAAGAGAUUCCAUGACAGAAUACAAUGUCUGUUUUACCUCAGCUUCUGGAGACACUGGAGGAUCUAGAAAGUAAAAAACUGAAAAAGUUCAAAUGGCACUUAAAGCAUGAUGGUCUUGCUUCAACUGCUGAUGUGGAAAAAGCAAAUGUCUUUGACACAGUGGAUCAUAUGGUUGCCCGUUGUGGACCAGAGGGAGCUAUGGAGAUCACAUUGAAUGUCCUUAGAAAGAUGAAUGAAAAUCAUCUUGCUGAACACUUAGAGAACAAACUCAAAGGCUCAGUUACAGAGGACAGUAAAGCUGCUCUUCAUGAUUACACAGAGAAAUUGAAAAACAAAUUAAAACAGGACUGUGAGGGGAUAUUGGUUGGUAAUUCACAGACCGGCCAUCAGAAAUACCUGAAUGAUAUUUACACUGAUCUAUACGUGGUGCAGAAUGAGACUGGUGGAAGAGUGAAUGACCAUGAGGUGAGACAGAUCGAACUGAAUCUCAAACAGUCUAAUUGCACGGAUACACCAAUCGAGUGCAGUAACAUUUUCAAAGUCAAUAUGGGUAGAAGAAACAGAAAGGUGCUGACGAUGGGGAUCGCAGGGGUGGGAAAAACAGUCUCUGUUAAUAAAUUCAUCCUUGACUGGGCUGAAGGAAAAGAAAAUCAGGACAUAUCCUUAAUUUUUCCUCUGCCGUUCCGUGAACUAAAUCUGAUCACACAGAAAUUGAGUCUAAUGGAGCUGCUUCACAAAUUCUGCUUCAGCAGUUCUGAACCACUUCCCUCUCUUCCUGAAGGUGAUGGUGAGGUCAUGUUCAUCUUUGAUGGGCUAGAUGAAUGUCGCUUCCCUUUGAGCUUUAAAAAAAAUGACAGCAUUACAAGUGUCCAUGAAAAAACAACAUUGAGUAAUAUGAUUACAAGCCUGAUCAAAACACAUCUGGUUCCCUCUGCUCUCAUCUGGAUUACAUCCAGACCAACAGCAGCCAGUUUGAUACCCCGAGACUAUAUUAAUCAGGUGACAGAGGUGCGAGGAUUCAAUGAUGAGCAAAAGGAGAAAUACUUUAAUAAAAACAGCAAUCCUGAGGUUGCUGGAAUCAUCAUCCGUCACAUCAGGAAAAUCAGGAGCCUGUACAUCAUGUGCCACAUCCCAGUCUUCUGCUGGAUUUCUCUCAAUGUUCUUCAGCCUCUACUGGAACAAAAGGGCAAUGACAAAAUGCCCACAACUCUCACAGGGAUGUACAUAAAUUUCUUAAUUUCUCAGCAGCUAAAGAUGGUAGAAAAAUACUGUGAUGACCCUGAACCCAAAGUCAAUGUAAUGUCUUUUGAUAAGAUUAUUAUGAAGCUUGGGGAGUUGGCGUUUAAACAACUAGAGAAAGGACAUCUGAUUUUCUACAAAGAAGAUCUUGAGGAGUGUGGAUUAGAUGUCAGUGACGGGUCUGUGUUUUCUGGGUUAUGCACUCAGAUUUUUCACAAGGCUGUUUCAACAAGAAAUGUUUACAGCUUUGUUCAUCUCAGCAUCCAAGAGUUCCUUGCUGGUCUCUAUGUGUUUUUGAUUUAUAAAGAUGAGAAAGCAAACCCAUUUCUUCAAUCCUGGAAAGAAGAAGUUGCAUGGAAAUUAUCCAAAAAGCCACUGUUUCACCUUCACAAGGCUGCGAUAAACAAGGCCUUACAAAGUGAAAAUGGACACCUUGACCUUUUCCUCCGGUUCCUCUUGGGGCUUUCACUGGAGUCCAAUCAGAGUGACCUGAAGGAACUAUUACCAAAACUGAAGCUGAAAGCAGAGAAAAUUAAAUACACUUCUGAAUAUAUCAGAAAAAAAAUAGAGAAGGUGAACUCAGUAGAGAGGACCAUCAAUCUUUUCUACUGUCUAAGUGAACUGAAAGAUGACUAUGUAGAGGAAAUCCAGAAGAAUUUCAGAACAGGAAAUCUUUCUGUUGAGAAUCUGUCCUCUUCUCAGUGGUCAGCUCUGGUGUUUGUGCUCCUGAUAUCAGAAGAAAUACAAGAAAUAUUUGAGCUGCAGAAAUAUGGAAGUUCUGAUGAAGCACUGAUGAGACUGCUGCCAGUCAUCAAAAACACCAAAAGAGCACUGCUAUGUAACUGCAAUCUCACUAUUCAGUCCUGUGAAAGUUUGUCUUCAUCUCUGCAAUCAUCAAACUCAGCUCUGAGAGACCUGGACCUGAGUUGUAAUGAGCUGCAGGAUUCUGGAGUGGAACUUCUCUCUGAAGGACUGAAGAGUCCAAACUGUCAGCUAGAGAUACUCAGAUUGCCAAUCUGUAGCCUCACAGCUCAGUGCUGUAAAAGUUUGUCAUCAGCUCUAAUGUCAUCCGUCCUGGGAGAGCUGGAUCUGAGUAACAAUGACCUGCAGGAUUCUGGAGUGAAGCUUCUCUCUGAUGGACUGAAGAGCUUACAAUGCCAGCUAAAGAUACUGAGGUUGUCUGGUUGUAUGGUGACAGAGGAAGGCUGUGGUUAUGUGUCUUCAGCUCUGACUUCAAACCCCUCAUACCUGAGAGAGCUGGAUCUGAGCUACAAUCACCCAGGAGAUUCAGGAGUCAAGCUGCUCUCUGAAAAACUGAAGGAUCCAAAAUGCUCACUGGACAAACUCAAUGUGGAUCAUGGAGGGGAGUUCAGGAUUACAGCAGGACUACACAAAUGUACGUCUACACAGACACACACACAUAGUUUUAGUGAUUUUUAAAAAUUAUAUUAUAAAUUAGUAUUUUCUUUUGUUCAGAUGCCUGUAAUCUCACACUGGAUCCAAACA